AGUGGCGCUGUAACAAAUGCACAAAAUCCUUAAAAUACCUGUAUGAAGUUCCAAUUCUAAACUAAUUACAAACCAAACGUCUUCCACUGUCAAAAAACAGAACAAAAACAAACACCUUUAGUGAAUAUAUCAUUAUAUAUUUUAGAAAUCAGAUUAGAUCCUAAUCAAAGUAUUUUACUAACAAAACGUGUAUUCAUAUGCAUUAUUAAGAAAGUAUUUGCUAGCAUGCAAAUAGGUCAAGAAGAACAGUUACUGACUGAAACUUGAGUCUGGCAUCUCAGCUCUUUUUUCUUUGGUGGGGUAACUGAAUACUCUGUGCCUGGACGUCUUAAACUGAUCACUUGCACAGAGGUCUUCACAUCUCUGAUACUCCCUCGAUCCUCAUCACAACACUCAUCUCCCUCCAGACUAGAAGGACAGAAGGAAACAUCAUCAGAGUCUCAACUAAAAGUGAAGCCCAGCAUCAUCUCUGUGUUUUCUGCACUGUCAAGCUCAUCUGUUCACAGAUACAAAAAACAUACUGUCUUUGCAGAGCACCUGUCUUGCUGUGGACUACUGGCCGAGAUCUCCUGUUCUUGAAUUUGAGCCUUUGUUUUUUAUGUGUGUGUUUAUGUGUGCGAAAGACAAGAGAUACAACUCUGAAAGCAACACUAUCUAUGAAGAUGUCUGCACUGCGGCUUCUGUGGGUCCCUGUGCUGUUGUGUUUAACACACGCUUGGCUCUGCCGUGGGGUGUGUGUGGAAGUGGAAUCCGACAGGGAGGCAGUGAUGGGGAAAGGCUUCAAAUUGGCCUGUAUCUCUUGCAAGAUGAGAGGGGAAGUACCAGCCUUUGCCACAGUGGACUGGUGGUUCAUGGCCAAAGGCGAGAGUGAAUUUGUACAUAUCUACAGUUAUGCAAAUAUGUCAGGCUACAUAAUGGAUGACCGCUUCGAUGACCGCCUGGCCUGGAACGGCAGUAAAAAAACCAAUGAUGUGCAGGACGGCUCAAUUUUCAUACUUAACGUCACCUUCAAUGACACCGGCACCUAUCGAUGUUUCUUCGACCGCACCCUUGUCUUCCGCAAAUACAAGUACCGCACCGACGCUACCAAGUUUAUCGACAUCAAUGUAGUAGACAAAGCUACACGUGGAAUGGCAUCCAUCUCUUCUGAGAUCAUAAUGUACGUGUCCCUCAUCGUGUUGCAGUCAUGGCUGUUGGUGGAGAUGGUCCACUGUUACAGGACGAUCGCAGCAGCUGAAAAAACACCGAGAGCGAGCACGGCGGAAUACUAA